UUUAUUGUUUUUUUGCCGCCGGGCUGGCCGGCCGGAUGGUGUAUUGGUGUUGCCUUCUAGAUCGAACAAAUACUACGUAACAGCAUAGUAUACCAGGACAAACCAUGGAAUGGAAUGCAUUGCUAUCUCUUUUGGUGGUUCUAAUAUACCCAAAUGGAACAGGCUAAUGACAGUAUGACAUCAUCUUGGUCUUGGAAAGGUAGGCAGCAAGGGCGCCAGGCUGCCACCUGGUGAACUAGCAAAUGCAUAAUGGCACUUACAAUGCAGACUCUAUCAUAGAGUCUAAAGUUAUUUAUUACCUCGAACAAUGUGGACUUGGAGUCUUAUUUUUUCUAUCUCUUUCUUCAAUAAAUAUGCUGCCACAUCAGCAAAAUAUCAUAAAUAAUAUAUAAUUAAUUGUUUUGGACUCUGUGAUAGAGUCUUGUAUUGGGAGUGCCCUAAGUCUACUACUUGAUGACAGCACUAGUACAUUUGUCCAAGAUUCAUAAUUGAGAAACAACAUAGCCGUCUUGCAUCACAAGCCUAAACCAAGCAUUAUCAAUGAAGGCCAACUCGAAGCCGACAGACAACAGGUCUUCUCCUUGCCGGGAAGCAAGACCUCUAGGUACCAAUGCAGAAUAUGUAAUGGCCUGCAGCAGCAUAUCAUCUCUUCUCUUGCUCUCCACCCGUCUGCACCAAUGUAAUGGGCAUUCCAGAUGAAACCAAAUGAGCUCAACAGAUACAUAGCAAGGGAGAUAUGAGACAGCCAGCCAUGCCCUGGCGUUCACCACUAUGGUUGCUCUUGCUCGCCACCAUGCUGAGCACCACGCGCCUGCUGGCACUUGCCGGAGGGAUGGCACGUCCCGGAUGCCAAGAAAGAUGUGGCAACCUGAGCAUCCCCUACCCUUUCGGCAUUGGUCCUGGCUGCUUUCGCAGCGGCUUUGAGGUCAGAUGCGACAACGACGCUGGAGAAGCCUACCUGGGCGGCAAAGGCAGUAACCUCUGGGCCUUUGAUAUCUUUCUGCUGCAAGGGGAGGCUCGAGUACACAAGCAUCUGACGUGGGACUGCUACAAUGACACUGGCAUCACUGACUUCGCUAGAUCUCCCAUGGAUCUAGCGUCUUAUUACCAGAUAUCACAUACCAAGAAUAAGUUCACGGCGAUUGGAUGUGACACCAUCGCGUUCAUCCAAGGUGAAAAUGCAAACUCUUACACAAGCGGAUGCAUGUCGUUUUGCAGCAGCAAUGCAAGCGUCGACACCAGCGGCCAGUGCACCGGCAUGGGUUGUUGCCAGACAUCAAUCCCGGCAAACCUCACCUACUUCAACACCACCUUCUCAACAAGGCGGAGUACAAGCGUGCUGGAGUUCAACCCAUGCAGUUACGCCUUCGUGAUUGAGACCCAACAGUUCAGGUUUGAUGUCUCUGACCUUGCAGACCACCAUUUUGCUGACAAGUACAGUGAUGGAGUGCCUCUUGUGCUUAACUGGGUUGUUGGGGAAGAAUCAUGUGAUGAAGCAAAGAAAAAUAUGUCAUCCUAUGCAUGUCUUAGCAAGAACAGUGAGUGCAUCCCUUCAGUCAAUAGCCCAGGGUAUCUCUGCAACUGUUCCAGUGGCUAUGGGGGGAAUCCAUAUCUGGAAGAAGGCUGCCAAGACAUCGAUGAAUGUGCCUUUCCUGAGCAGUACCUCUGCUUUGGCCAAUGCACUAACACAAUAGGAAGCUACAGCUGCACAUGUCCAAAGGGAACUCGGAGCACUGAUGCGAGUAUGAUAAAUUGUGUUCCUUAUCAGGAUCCUACACAGACUGUAAAGAUGGUGUUAGGUAUCUCUAUCAGCACAGUUUUUCUCCUUCUUUGCAUUUUCACUGUGGUCAUUCAAUAUCAAAAGAGAAAGCUCAUCAAAGAAAAGGAUGGUUUCUUCAAGCAAAAUGGCGGAUUUAUUUUACUUGAAAAAAUGCGAUCAAGACGAGUAGAUACAGUAAGAGUAUUCUCAAAAGAAGAAUUAGAGAAUGCAACCAACAAUUUUGAUAAGAGAAGAGAACUGGGAAGAGGGGGACAUGGCACGGUCUACAAAGGGAUUAUGAAGGAUAACAGAGUUGUAGCCAUAAAGCGCUCCAAAGUUUGCAACACAAACCAGAAAGAUGAAUUUGUGCAGGAAAUCAUCAUACUUUCUCAAAUAAACCACAGAAAUGUGGUCAGGCUUCUAGGCUGUUGUUUAGAAGUGGAAGUUCCCAUGUUGGUCUAUGAAUUCAUCCCAAAUAGCACUCUCUUCCAGUUGGUCCACAGUGAAGGGUCAUUCAUCUCAUUGGAUGACAGACUAAGAAUAGCCCUAGAAUCUGCAGAAGCGCUGGCAUAUCUCCAUUCAUCUGCAUUCCCACCCAUAAUACAUGGAGAUGUAAAAUCUUCAAACAUUCUCCUAGAUGACAACUACACAGCAAAAGUGACUGAUUUUGGUGGAUCACACAUGCUUGCGAAGAAUGAGACCCAAUUUAUGACAAUGGUCCAAGGAACUCUUGGCUAUCUAGAUCCUGAAUAUCUACAGGAACGGCAGCUAACAGAAAAGAGUGAUGUUUACAGUUUCGGGGUUGUCAUAUUGGAGCUAAUCACAAGGAAGACUGCAAUAUAUUCUGAGGAUUCCAGUGAACGGAAGGGGCUUGCAUCAUCUUUUAUGAUGGCAAUGAAGGAGAACAAGCUUCAAGAUAUGCUGGACAAGAGCAUAAUAGGGGUAGGGAUGGAACCGCUUCGAGUGAUUUCUGAACUCGCGAAGAAGUGCCUCAGCAUGAAGGGGGAUGAGCGUCCACAGAUGACCGAAGUUGUUGAACAGCUUAAAGUAAUAAGAAGAACCUGGCAAGAAAAUCUGACAAAGCACCAUGCUGUGUAAACAGAAAGUCUAUAUGCAAAACCUUCCUCUAAUUACCCUUGCAGCAUUGCACAAUACAGAAGCAUCGGCAUAGAGUUGGAGCAUGGCAGAUGAAUGGAAAGCAGCAACUGAGUUUCAGUUCUAUACUCUGAUGUUUCGUAAUGGCGAAUUGCGCCCACUAAUUGUAAGAAUGCUAGAUAAUCAUAUCAUAAAUAGCAGUGUAUGAGUUUCAGUUCUAUACUCCAAUGUUUCAUAAUGGAGAAUUACGCCCACUACUUGUAAGAAUGUUAGAUAACCACAUGAUUGAAUAGCAGCGUGUAUCUGCCAUGUUAGCUGGACCUGUCGGUAAGAACCUAACUGAUUCAAGCUUCCAAGGUCCUGUCACUAACUGAUGCAGACGUGAUAUUGUCAGAUGAAAGUCGUUUCAGGGGAAAUUGCCCGUCAUUUCCAGAUUAUUAGCCUAUGCUGCAUUGUUUACUCUAGGGGAAAUGCCUUGAGUACAACCAUGCAU